AUCACUCACUGCUCACCACUUUUCGUCAUCCCCCCCUCCAAUCUCGCCUCCUCCGGCCCUGGAAUUCGUUUCUACAAAGAAAGAAAAAAAAUCGCCGGAUAGCCAGAUCUCCGCUUUCUCUCGCCCCCCACUCUCAACCCUACUCUUCCUCCCUACCCACCCCCCAAAACGACCGAUUUACAAACCCCGAGUACCAUACACCCCGACUACUUCCUCUGUCAUUACUCCUUCCUUUGCAACCCAUUGUUCGCGACCACCAUUUGCCCGCCAUGAGUUGGAAAGGGUUUCAGCGGAGUGUCGUUCGGGCGCCGCAAUCGAUUAAACAGAAAUUCAAUAUGGGUGAAGUUACGAAAGAUGCGAUCUACCUAGAUGCAGAGAGACAAUUCGAUGAGCUAGAAAAGGAAACGAAGAAGCUCCAUGAUGAAUCGAAAAAGUAUUUUGAUGCUAUUAAUGGCAUGCUGGAUCACCAAAUCGAAUUCUCAAAGUCCAUUGCUGAAAUAUACAAACCGAUCUCUGGCCGAGUGUCGGAUCCGGAUUCGAUCAAGAUUGAGGGAAACCCUGAGGGUAUCCGGGCUUGCGAGGAGUAUGAAGCUAUCGUCAACGACCUCAAGGUUACCCUGCAACCAGAGCUCGAAAUGAUCGAGACACGAAUAAUUCGACCGGCUGAUGAGCUCAUGGAGAUUAUCAAGGUUAUUCGAAAGACGGCUUUGAAGCGCGACCACAAGCAACUAGAUUACGACCGCCACCGGGCGAGUCUCAAGAAGCUUCAGGAUAAGAAGGAUAAAACGCUCAAGGAUGAGAAGGCAAUGUACAAGAUGGAGGGGGAUGUGGAGCUAGCAACGCAGGAGUUCGACUACUACAAUGAGCUUCUUAAGACGGAGCUUCCAAAGCUCUUCAUGCUCGAAAGAGAGUUUAUUCAGCCUCUGUUCCAGAGUUUCUACUACAUGCAAUUGAACGUGUUCUACACUCUUCACGAGAGGAUGCAAGGAAUCAACAUUGGUUAUUUUGACCUCACUCUCGAUGUUGAGGCAGCUUUUGAGAAGAAACGCGACGGUGUCCAAGAGCGAGCAGAAGCCCUUGCCAUAGUCCGUUUCAAGACAACCGGUCAGCGCGCUUCGAAACCGAACCCCAAGUUCCAGAAAUUUGGCAAAUCAGAUACAGCUUCGGUGACGUCACGACGGACAACAUCCCUGGACAUGUCACGUACUGCUGACGACGCUACAGGAACCCCACCACCGCCCUAUACAUCAACUGGUAUCCCCGCAUCAACCGAGGAAAAAGACUUUUUACGCCCUGCUGCCGCUACCGGUGUCGCGAGAAGCAACUCUACCGGGACAAACUACUCAGUAGUAGGCAAGAAGGCUCCUCCCCCACCCAGACCGAAGCCAAAGAACUUGAGCGUUGAACCCGAGAAGGCGCCGGCUCUGUACGACUAUGAGGCACAAGCAGAUGGGGAUCUGAGCUUCAACACCGGGGACGUCAUUGAAAUCGUGCAGAGGACCAGUAACGAGAAUGAAUGGUGGACCGGAAAGCUGCAUGGCAGAACAGGACAGUUUCCGGGAAAUUAUGUCAAGUUGAAAUAAUUACCUGUCUAUCCUUUGUCUUGUGAUGUAUUGGUGAAGGUUCCCCCCCUUUUUUUUUCUAGAAAUGGUUGCGGUUUCUUUCUUCCUCUUCCUCCUCUUUUCUUACUCUCUUCUUUUUUUAACCUUAUAUUGUAAAAAUGAGCCUCAAGAAUUUUUUUUCCCUCCUCCAUUUAUAUUUGAUCGUUGAGGGUGUGUUUUUGGUAUAUCGCAUCGUAUGGGGGAGGGGUUGGUUAUGCCUUUUUUGACUACUACUCUACUUUUCCUUUCUUUCCUUUUUCUAUCCUUUAUUAACUCUUAUAGUUUAGAGGGGCGAUUCUUUUAUAUGUAUGUAUUAUGGAGGCGAGAGGUCAGAGGGGUCUGAAGUAGUUUACAUAGUGGAAUGGAAUGGAGUUUUACAAGUA